CAAAAAAGAUGCUGUCCUGCUAUUUCACUGAGAGGCAGUAGGAAAAUCAGUGGGCCAGUGUGGGUUGGCUGAGAUUGGUGAUGAACUGAACCACAGGCCACCAGGACUGCUGUGAAGGGAUGGGGCCUCCCUGGGAAAUGGAGUCCAGCAUGGUUCCUUAGCUGCAUAGCUGCUUUAGCACUCUGGUGACUUUCUUAUUAGCUGUCAUCAGGUUAACUGCUUGAUGACAGAUGGUCCUGAAGUGACUACCUCUGCUGUAGGUCAUAUUGCUGAGCAGUGCUCACCCCUCAUGGCCAGCUUGGUUUCAUUUGCCCAGAUAGGUGUAUAUAAACACAAUUCUGAUGAUGCCAGCACAGAGAAUGUGCCUUUCAUCCCUGGCCCCAGCCAGCCCUGUACCACUGGCACGAAUUAAAGGAGCUCAUUUGAGGAUCACCAUAGACUCCAAUUGGAAAAAAAAACACACACACACACAUUAGUAAUGAUUUUGAAAGAAGCAGCGUUUGAGUUUCUGAUAAUUACUAUUCCACCAAACCAACUGGGACACAGGGCUGAAAUUAAAAAAAAAUGACCUUCCAUGUAUAAUGGCUUUCACACUGCAUGAUACUAUUAAAUAACCAUCAUUAGCUACUGAAGUAUGUACUACCCAUUUUCCAGAGGCCUUUCUCUGCCAAGAAAUUUAAGACCAAGAAUGAUCAAUGAAUGACUCAUCAGCAUGAUCAUUGUUGAUACAGGACAUGCAAAUUGAAAUUAUUCAGAAGAUUGAAAUGUAUAAGGAAUGAUACACAGUUAUUAAAGCUCUUCUUGCAAGAGGCCCAAAAUUCAUUCCUUUGCCUCUACAUUUUAUGGGUUAGAAAAAAAUAGGUCACUAUCCAUAGGAUGCCUUGGAAAAAUAGAACAAGAAGGUGUUGGGCAUUUUUCCAGGUACUGUGCUGGGUGCUGUGGUUAUGAAGAUAAAUAAAAUAUAGCCCCUCUUCUGAGCAAGCGUACAGAUUUAUAAGAGGGGAAAGACAAGUACACACACAAAAAUCACAGCACAGUGUGAUAAAUACGGUGAUCAAGGUGUCCAUCUGGUAUAUGAUAGCGUAGGGGAGUGUAGCUUGGAGGAGAGAGUUGAGGUAAAGGAGGAAAAGCACUCUGCUUUGAAUCUGCAACUUCCUAAAUUAGGACUUUCAUUCUCCUCUUCUUCUUCUUCUUCUUCUUUUUUUUAAUAUAUAUUUUUAGGGCCACAUUCACGGCAUAUGGGGGUUCCCAGUCCAGGGAGUCAAAUCAGAGCUAUAGCCACCAGCCUAUGCCACAGCCACAGCAACACCAGAUAUGAGCCAUGUCUGCAGGCUACACAGAAGCUCAUGGCAACACCGGAUCCUUAACCCACUGAGUGAGGCCAGGGAUCGAACCUGUGUCCUCAUGGGUACAAGUCAGAUUUCCAAUAGUUUCCACUGAGUCAUGAUGGGAACUCCUCAUCCUCCUCUUCUUGAAAGCCCUCUUCUUUCUUCUUUCAUAUGGAGAAAUGUUCAUUAUCACAGAGGCAUAGGAAAGAAAGUAACCAACAAAGGGAGGAAUGAAGGACAGGUAACUGUCAUGGAGAAAACAAGCUUAUCCUAAGCUUUCUGAGGGCUUAGAUACAUAAUAAAUUAAGGAAAAAAAUGGUUUGUAAUCAAGACAUGAAAUUUUGAACUUCUGGCUUCUCAUAGGUUGUGCUUUUAACACAUUAUAACAAUCUCAUGACUACAUUAGCGUUCUUGUCUUUUUAGGAAAUGUUUGCAUUAAAUUGAGGUCUGAAGGGAAGGUAGAUUCCUAACUGGGCUCCUGCUCUUAUAAUUUUAAAACAGCUGCAACUCCAACCACAUGUUGCUUAGCCCAGAAGCAUGCUGGUUUUUGCUUGGUUGUUUUGUUCAUGUGCCUUUUGUUUGUUCAUGAAUUUGUUCACAGAUACAAUGUUAAGAAAGAGAUGGCUGAAAAUAUUUGAUAGCACUGCAUGGCUCAAAAAACAAAAAAAAAAAAACCCCAAACAACAAAAUGGAAAACACUGCAUGGCUUACAUGCCUCGUAUCCACCUCAAUCUCUCUAUUUUAUUUAGGUAAAAUUCACACGACAUAAAAUUCAUAAUUUUAACCAUUAAAAUGUUUGUAUUGUAUUUUAUUAAAGUAUACUUGAUUUAUAAUGUGCCAAUUUCUGCUGUACAGCAAAGUGACCCAGUAUUUUAUAUAUAUAUGUAUAUAUACACACAUACAUUCCUUUUCUUAUAUUAUCUUCCAUCAUGGUCUAGUCCAAGAGAUUGGAUAUAGUUUCUUACGCUAUAUGGUGGGACCUCAUUGCUUAUCUAUUCUAAACAUAAUAGUUUGCAUCUACUACCCCAAACUCCCAGUCCAUCCUACUCCCCCCGCCUUGGCAACCACAAGUCUUUCACUAUGUCUAUGAGUAGGUUUCUGUUUCAUAGAUAGGUCCAUUUGUGCCAUAUUUUAGAUUCUACAUAUUAGUGAUAUUGUUGUGGAAAUCACAAAAACCAUGGCAGUGGAAGGAGACAAAUGGUGCUCAGAGAUAUGGAAAAGCAAGGUUUCUCUAGCACCAGUGCUGGCUCAGAGGAGUCACCUCCAGAGUCUGAGCACCAGGUCUUUGUUCUGAGCAACACUUAUACAUUACAAGGUCUCGAUUUUCCCAUGUAAGCAUCCUGAACCUCCCCCUCCCCUUCCCCAAGCAGACAGUGUUCCUCCCUAAGAAACUGAGCAAGCAAGGUUACAGAAGCCGAACUGAUAAGCAAUGCUGGGUACAUGAUUAGCAGGGCUGCUGGCUUGGACAUAGGGCGCACAGUUGCUACAUUAUUACAAGAAAGGUGGUAUGAGGUGAGCAUAGCUGGAAAGGCUUGCAGCUGCCUUUUUAGCCAAGGGGGGGGGGGUUGUUCCUUAGUUAAAACUCUUAGUUCAAUAUCAUAUGGUAUUUGUCUUUCUCUUUCCGACUUACUUCAUUUAGUUUGAGAAUCUCUAGCUGCAUCCAUAUUGCUAUGAAUGGCAUUAUUUCAUUCUUUUUUAUAGCUGAGUAGUAUUGCAUUAUUUUUAACCAUUUUAAAGUGCACAGUUCAGUGGCUUUUAGUACAUUCCCAGUGUUAUGCAACCACCACCCCUAAUUCCAGAAAUUUUCAUAACCUUCCAAAAGAAAGCAUAAACCCAUGAAGCACUCAUUUCCCAUUCCCUCUCCCCCUCAACCCCUGCCACCUCUAAGCUGCUUUGUCUCUAUGGAUUUGCCUAUUCUGGAUGUUCCAUAUAAAUGGAAUCGCACAGUGAUGACCUUUAUGCCUGGCUUCUUUCACUCUGCAUAAUGUUUUCAAGGUUCAUCUAUAUUAUAACUGUUUUGAUGCUUCAUUCCUAUACUUCAUUCCUUUUCGUGGAUGGAUGGUAAGAAGAUGUAUCACAUUUUGUUUAUCCAUUCUCGAUGGAUGGAUAUUUGGAUUGUUCAUCUUUUUGGCUAUUAUGAAUAGUCCUACUCUGAACAUUCAUGUGCAAGUUUUUCUUCAAGUACCUAUGUUAAGUUUGGGUCAUAUGGCAAUUCUUUGUUUAACUUUUUGAGGAGUCAACAAACAUUCUAAAGCCACUGCAUCAUUUUUUUUAUGCCCACUGAUAACAUAUAAGGGUUCUAAUUUCUCCAUAUGCUCAACGACAUUUGUGAUUUUUCUUUUCCUUUAAAAAAAUUAUUAUUGGCACCCUAGUGGGAAUAAAGUGGUAUCUCAUCAUCAGCCUCUUUUCAUGAGUUAAAAAAUCAUCAUAGAAAAUACUUAAGAAACAAACAAACAAAAAAGCAUGCUCAGGUCAGGUAUUCAGUUUUCUUCUUUUGUAUUUGAGGCUACCAAUGAAUUGAGAGAUGUUCCUUAGAUCAGCUGCAAAGUGAACAUAUGAGAUCCCAAAUAACAGAGUCGUGCUUUACAGCUCCCAUCACCCACUCCCCCUGGAGAAACCAUGAUCAACGUCAAGGCGUCUAGAUGAUGACUGUUGAAAUGUCAGCCCCCUGAGGAAUAGCCAGGUGUCUUUAGUCAGUGAUUGGCAAAGAAGCAUUUAAAUCAUUAUGAAACUUGGCUUGUUAAAAGCUCUUCUGGGGAAAAAAAAGACUUUUUAAAAAACGUGAUGAACAUUUUUUUUCUCCAUAUGUGCUAUAUUUUUUAAGGAAAAUGAAAUACAACUAACCACAAAUUCCACAUCCUUCUUAAGAUAAAUCUGUUGAGAUAAAGGCAUGGGUUAAGCAGCCUGGGUCUUAAGAAAUUUCACAUUUCUUCCUAGCACAUUUCUCAUUAAUAAUUCAGUGUCCAUUGCACACAUCCCUGUGAGAGUCUGUCAUCAUUUCUUUUAUCUCUGAUUGCUAUAAUCAACACACUACAAAAGUUAUUCUUUUCCUUUCAGGAGCACUUAGUUUUAAGAACUAAAACACAUACAUACAAAUGACAUCCAGAUAAAGCAAGGUGACAAAAGGAUUUGUACUUUUUUUUUUCUUUUCAAAUUUCUGCAUACAUUUCUGCAUUCUGCACUGUCUGGUACAAAUACCUUCCAUGUGGAGUUUAGUUGCUGUUUAAGUUGGCCUCACCUUAGUGUAAACUGUUCUGUUGGGAAGAGGAGGUAAGCUGAGACUCACAGCACAGUGGGAGCCACCUGGUUGAGAGGUGGAACUAACAAAACUAGACACAACGCUAAGGCUUGAAGAGGCGGGGAAGCACUAGGCUGCUGCAGGUCGUCUUCUGUGAACCAGCACGGUUCAGAGUAAGACUUGAAGGGGUCUUGGAAAGAAUGGGGGAGCUUGAUCAGUUGGACUGGAACAACUGGAAAGCCAAAGGGAGCCCAGACUAGGAUGGUGAAAGAUCCUAGAAGUCGUCAAAAAUCAUGAUAAUUGACUUGAAAAAAACAAAACAAAACAAAACACAGUAACUGUUCAGUUCUUAAGUGGUUAGGGAGACUGGGGCGAGCCGACAUUGGUUUCUGCGUCUUCAAGGUUUAGACACAAAUCCUGGGACCUCAGAAAAGGCUGAAAUCUCAAGUAUUUCACAGAAAGACUUGAAGGUCGUCCUGCUGUUCCUGGAGUUUGUGGCAGGUCUGGUCACCUGCAAGGUUGGCCCCGACUGGCAUCCCAGCUCACCCCGGGCCUCUCCUCCUCCCGGGCCAGCCAACUCUCUGGGGUACAAAGUACAGCGGAGGAGCUGGCGGAGGCUUUCGAGCGGCUCAGGCUUUAUCUAUCCCCAGCGAACACCUAGAUUGAUUUCCAAAACGGCGCCUGGCACGUUUCGGGAGGGUGGGGGGAACAACCUCCGGCUCCUUUCAUGCUCCCAGCCGCGCAUUUUCCUUUCUGCAGUCGAUAUUCCUCUGGGAGACGCUGGAGGCUCUGGGCACUACAAGCUUUAUUAAGAGAUUCGCAAUGGUUUUCUCAGGCCCCUGAACACUCCCGCCUGCGAAGAGCUGCCUGCGGGAUUGUAACAUAGAAACUCCUAUCCCACGUUGCUGUCCUUCCUCCUCCUGAUGCUGGCGGCUUAGGGUCAGUUUCCGAGACUCUUAAGAGUAUCCGAUUGUGCGCCUGUGCUGGGGUCCCGCCCAAGAAAAGGAGUGGGACCGUGCGGAGAACGUCACCGCGCUGCUAGACCCGCACCGGCACUUUGCACGGGCCAUCUACGCGUCGGUCCGGAGGUAGCGCGCCCUGGCCCCUGCCCGGGCAGCUGCGGCGAAGGCAGCGGCAGCAGGGGCCCUGGGGCCGGCACUGCAGACGGGAUGGAGGAGCCAGGGCGAAAUGCAUCCCAGAACGGGACCUUGAGCGAGGGCCAGGGCAGCGCUAUCCUCAUCUCUUUCAUCUACUCCGUGGUGUGCCUGGUGGGGCUGUGUGGGAACUCCAUGGUCAUCUACGUGAUCCUGCGCUAUGCCAAGAUGAAGACAGCCACCAACAUCUACAUCCUCAACCUGGCCAUCGCUGAUGAGCUGCUCAUGCUCAGCGUGCCCUUCUUGGUCACCUCCACAUUGCUUCGCCACUGGCCCUUCGGUGCACUGCUCUGCCGCCUCGUGCUCAGCGUGGACGCAGUCAACAUGUUCACCAGCAUCUACUGUCUUACUGUGCUUAGCGUGGACCGCUAUGUGGCUGUGGUGCACCCCAUCAAGGCGGCACGCUACCGCCGGCCCACCGUGGCCAAGGUGGUGAAUCUGGGCGUGUGGGUGCUAUCCCUGCUGGUCAUUCUGCCCAUCGUGGUCUUCUCACGCACUGCAGCCAACAGUGACGGCACGGUGGCCUGCAACAUGCUCAUGCCCGAGCCUGCCCAGCGCUGGCUGGUGGGCUUCGUGUUGUACACUUUUCUCAUGGGCUUCCUGCUGCCGGUCGGGGCCAUCUGCCUGUGCUACGUGCUCAUCAUUGCCAAAAUGCGCAUGGUGGCCCUUAAGGCCGGCUGGCAGCAGCGCAAGCGCUCGGAGCGCAAGAUCACCCUGAUGGUGAUGAUGGUGGUAAUGGUGUUUGUCAUCUGCUGGAUGCCUUUCUAUGUGGUGCAGCUGGUCAACGUGUUCGCAGAGCAGGACGACGCCACAGUGAGCCAGCUGUCGGUCAUCCUUGGCUAUGCCAACAGCUGCGCCAACCCCAUCCUUUAUGGCUUCCUUUCAGACAACUUCAAGCGCUCGUUCCAGCGCAUCCUUUGCCUCAGCUGGAUGGACAACGCCGCCGAGGAGCCAGUCGACUACUAUGCUACAGCCCUCAAGAGCCGCGCCUACAGCGUGGAGGACUUCCAGCCCGAGAACCUGGAGUCCGGCGGCGUCUUCCGUAAUGGCACCUGCACGUCCCGGAUCACUACUCUCUGAGCCCAGGCCAAGCAGGAGCCUUUCGCCAAGAGAAGAGGAGGAAGAGGAGGAAGGGAGGCGGGGAGCGAGAGGUGAAAGGAUCAGGGUGCGAUGGGAUGAGUUGGGGUAGGAGCUUAUGCGCUUCAGGUGGAGACCCGGGAAAGGUGCGCGACAAAGGCGGCGUUGGGCGCUUUGCUUAUAAACUGGAAAAGCUAGAGGGCCCCUUUCUCCUCUUUCGCUUCUUCUUCCACUGCGCUUGCACUUCUGCACCCCUUUAGGCUCCACACUGCAGUUUCGGUCUUUCUUUCCGCCCCGUCCUGCCAGUAAUGAUCAUGAACUUAAUUAACGUCGCCAACUCAGCCUGACCCUCAGCCCCGCCAGCUGUUAUUUGUGUUUAAGCUGAGGCACGGUUACCGCCGCGGGUUUCCUUCGGGCUGCGUCCCUAGCUCUCCCUCAGCCGCGCCCUGCCGCGCCCCGCCGCACCCCUCGCUCGCCAGACUCCGCUUGAUGCUCCUAGCGGAGUCUGGAGAGCCACGGCUCUCCCUUUCCGCAGCCCUACUUUAAGGGAAGUCGGACUUGAGAAGGACCUAGGCAGCUGAUCUUUUCUCCCACUCUCGGGGCGAAGGAAGGUGCGCGCUUCCUCGAGCCCCUCCUCCACUCCCGUUCCACCAGAGCGGAGCCAGGUGCUUAGUAAAAUCGGUCCCGCGCUUCGAACCCCAGGCAUUCUGCAGUCCUUAUCCAACUUCCUCUUUGGAGCAAAAAGGAGCUGAGAACAAGCGACUAGGGUUUUUUUGUUUGUUUUUAAGAUUCAGGGUUGGGGGAGGGGGUUGUAAUGGAGGCCAACCUCCCGACCUUAUUAAGGGCGCUUCGGGUUUCAAAGACCAAGCUCUGGGCACUCCCAGGGAACUGGUCUGGGUUGGGCCAGGCAGGCCAGGGCGCAGGGCGCAUUUCCCCCAGGGGCCGCCCAGGAGCAGGGCUGCAGCUCCUCUAGGCUCUGUCCCUCAACCAGCUUCAGGAGGUGCAGAUUUAAGAAUAACAAUAGACAUCGGGCACGGACCUCGGCUGACGCCUUCCUAGCCUCUGCCCAUCUGACCGCGUCACCGCCACCCGCAGGCUAGGAGUGUGGCCCGCCCUGCCUGAGGACUGCUGCCUUUCAAGCGGUGCCUAAUACGUUAUUUUCUUGCUUAUCGUAUUUAUUUAUUUAUUUAAUUGUGUUGUUUGAAAGAUGUAGUUCAGCUUUCCUUUUCUCCACUUGCCUAGCCCAGGGCCUUUUCUUCAGGACACUGCAGGUGGGGUGGGCGUGGAGGCGGCAGUGGGGGAAAGCUCUCUCUCCAAGACCCCCUCAAAAUCUCUUUUUGCUAGGCCCUCUUUUCUUACCCUUUCCUCUAGCCUUUUAGUUUUGCUUGUGUCCAGUAAAGUUUGGAGAUUUUUUUGUUCAUACUUUUCUUAUGUAAUUUAUUGUUUGUCUUGUAAUAAAUAAAUGAUAGUGUGGGUGAGCCUCCUCCCAGGCAGAGUGGAAAGUCCGGAAGCCUAGCUUUUAAUGUCAUCCUAUACUCACAUAGUAUAUAUAUAUAUGUUUAUUUUGCUCCCUUGUCAUGAGUCCAUGCAACAGUUGCCAAAUACAGUCACUAACAGUGACAGGUGUGAGACUGGCUAGAACACGUUCAGAUAUGAGAGUUCAAGUAGCCCUCAAACUUGGAGCUUCGGAAUCUGAUCCAGACAGACUUUAUCAGCACCAAGGAUGGAGAAUGGCCCUGCUUAUGUCCCUGCUUCCUCUAGGUUUCAAGCAUAGGUGAUUAUAACAUACAAUCUAGUUAACAUCAUCCCUUCUUUUGAAGACAUUGAAAGUAAAAUAAUUUGUGUCUGUGUUUAAUCUAACCAACUCCCUUGGAAACCUGAGUAGAGCAAGGACCAAUAAUUUUACUUCUUUGUAUUUCCUGUAUUGCUUUAAUAUGCUGGCUUGUACAUAAUAGGCACUAAAUACAUGUUUGUUGGCUGAUUGUUUAAGUAAACCAGAGUGUAUUACAAUAAUUGGGAGUUCUCAACAUCUGGGGUUCUCAGGUUCCCUCAAUGACAUGAUACACACUGGUUGAAAUCACUUUGGAAACAUGUUUUGUGUAUUUUGCUUCAAGAACGUUGUGCUUUCCUAAAAGCAGUAACCAAGAGUUAAAAUGUCCCCAAAGUUUUGUUUAAUGGACAAAUAUGCUUUUGGUCAUUAAUAUGAAGGUUUAGAUCUGUCAUUUAAAAAUAAUGCGUAUUAUUACUCCUUUGAAAAUAGAUUUUUAAUGGUUAAGAACAGAGAGAUUUACAAAUCAAAAUCUUGAUCAUUUUCCUCUUAAGAGGACACAAAUCUAGUGCUCUUAACCUGUUACCAUUGUAAUAUUAACUUAAUAAACAAAUGUAUUAUGUUGUUGCAA